AUGCUGAGCAUCUGCCCGCCGAUGUAUAAAAACGAGAGUUUUACCCGGGAACACUCAGUAGAUAUCGAACACGAGUGAGAGGAAGUGUAACGUGAAGUUUUCUACGAAAUGGCUCACUUGCCUGGACUUAAAAAUUAUUCGCACUGUCCACUUAAGAAGAGACCGUUGUCAUUCAUUACAGACCACAAUACUGAUGAUGAACAGCCACAAGACCUCAGCAUCAAAAGGCGCCGUCAGGACGAAGCAGACGACAACGAUUUCGGGCGCGCAAAAGGACCACCCAUACCUGUCUGCCGCGUCUCUCCCUCCUCCUCCUCCUCCUCACCUGUUGCCGCCCACUCGAGUCACAUGGCCCAAACGCCGCCCAGCCCGCCCAGGAUGACCACCCUCGCCGAUUUCUAUUUGAAGCUCUUCCAGACGACAGCUGUGCAACAACAGCAACAACAGCAUUACGAACAGCAACAGGGAGACCUCUGGCACCGGACGCCGCCCGUCGUGUGGCCCAUGGCGCAGACCCUCCCCGCCCAUCCGUCCGCAGCAGCCGUCCACUCCAAUCACGCCCUCACCGCCCACUCAGUCCUGGCAUCCCGCCUCGUUUCAUCACCCCACCCUUCGGAGGAUCGCCUGGCGUCGCCCGGAUCGACGGCUUCGGAGGACUCCGGGGUCGGGACGGAGACGCUGAGCGAGGACGAGAUCGACGUCACCGGAGACUCCAACAGCCCCAGCCCCAGGAAGCCGGAGGGCGGUCGGGAGGGGGGUUCCUCCUACGCUUCUCCGUCAGGAGGCAGAGGCGAGGAGGAUAGACACCACGCAUCCACCGCCAGGUACUCCUGCAACGAGUGUCGGAAGUCCUACUCCACCUACUCGGGCCUCAGCAAGCACAAGCAGUUCCACUGCGUGUCCUUAGGGAACAAGUCCUUCGCCUGCAAGCACUGCGACAAAGUCUACACCUCACUAGGGGCGCUGAAGAUGCACAUCCGCACCCACACGCUGCCCUGUAAGUGCCCCUUAUGCGGGAAGGCCUUCUCGCGCCCCUGGUUGCUCCAGGGGCACAUCAGGACCCACACGGGGGAGAAGCCCUUCCAGUGCCCCCAGUGCGACAGAUGCUUCGCCGACAGGAGCAACCUUCGCGCCCACCUGCAGACGCACGCAGACAUCAAGAAGUACGCCUGCGCCACCUGUCACAAGACCUUCUCCAGGGUGUCUCUGCUGAACAAGCAUACAGAGGCGUCUUGCCCUGCCAGGCUGCAGGCUCAGCACCAGCAGCAGCAAGUCCUGCCCCACCAGCAGGAGAUGCCAAUGGCAGUCUAUCCUGGGGUCAAUCAGUCCUGAGUUGAAUGUUGAUCAGUCUCAAUAUUUCUUAUUUUCUAGUCAUUUACCUUUAGAACUCUAUUGUACAGCUGAUGAUAUCUUAUAAAAGACUUUAUAAAUGUACAAAAUAAAA